AGCGACUCCCGCGUAAGCUACCACCCCUCUUCAACUUCAACCCACACUGGAGAUCCAUAUUGUUGCAGACAACAGAAAAUGGAACUUCACCUUCACCACUUCAAUCACAACCUCCCAAAUCCCAACUUCACAGGGAAACCCUAAGCCCAACCCCUUUCCCCUUCCAACCCAAACCCUAACUCUCCCAACAUGUCCUCGCCGCUAACCUACCCCGUGGUGCUCGACGACAAGGACCUCGACGACGCCGCAUUGUGGGCCAUGAUCGACUCCGCCACCGCCUCCGCCUCCGCCUCGCGCUCCUCCUCCAAGUGCAAGGUCCUCGCCGCCGUCAAGUUCCCCAAUCGCCAGCCGCCUUCCCCGAUCCCCAACCCCUCGCUGCCGCCGCCGCCCAAGUUCCGGAAAACGCUCCGGGACUCCGGCGACAGCGGCGAGGUGGUGUACGACCCGUGGCCCUACCGCCCGCCGCGGAAGGCCGCGAGGACGUGUCCUUCCGAGGAGAGCAGCUCGCUCGCGCUGGUCAGAAGCGCGCAGAGGACUCCGCCGGCGAAGGGAUUCUCGUCGCCGGAAGCGCAGGAGAUGAGCUGUUACACGGAGGUCUCGGGGCGGUGCUUCGGGAGGAACGAGGAGGAGAAGGAGGACGGCGCGAGGCAUAGCUUGUUUGGAAUGUUUCCUUCGGUUUCGUUGUUUAAGGAGUACCAGAAUGCUGCUAUGGCGAUUUUGGAGAAAACUGAUUACACUUUGAUUUCGGGGAAUCCUUACAUUAAGAAGUCAGGUUGGAGAAAGAUUUCUUGUUACUUCAAUAUUUCUUAUGAAAUCAGAGACAAGAAUAUUGAGUUUGAUGAGAAUCGCAAUGUUCAGCGUGCUGAGUUUGUGAUUCGUGCAUGCAUGCAGGGUGGCAGGUUCUCAGAUGGAUGGGGUUCUUGUGAUCGACGUGAAAAGAGAUUUCAGAAACCAAAUCAUGAUAUUCCAAGCACCGCAGAGACUAGGGGAAAAAAUAAAGCUUGUCAAGACUUGCUAGGAAUUGGAGAAUUCCGACCUGGUGCAACUAGUGAAUUUCAUUGUUAUAAAUGAGUUUUGUAACGAUUUAACUUGCCCUAGUAUUUGUUUUGUGGGACAAAAUGAAAACAGAAGUUUUUAUUUUUUUAAAUGUGUAUCUUAUUGAUGAGUAAUUGUAAAUUCCGAUGUUGUCAUAUAUUUGGUGCUCAAGGCAUUCAAGAUUUCA